CGCAUGGCUUUCACGGCAACUGAUGACUCUGAAAUGCCCUCAGUGUGAGUGUGUGUGUCUGUCUCUCUCUCUCUCUCUGUGUCUCUCUGAGUGUGUGUGUGUGUGUGUUCCAAGGAUAUCCUGGCCCAUGAGCCCUGUGUGUGGGAGGAGUCGUUCCUGUCCCGUGUCAUAUGUGAACGUCUCGCGCCCCACCAUAAAAACACCUCUUCUUUCUUGCCCCGCGAAGCUGGUAGAAGCCAAACGGGAGACACACUGUCGCGUGCGCUGCCUUCCGGUGGUGUCUCGCGCCACCCGGAGCCUUCAUGUUCGCGGGUCCGAGUCGCCGCGCUUCGCGCGCCGUGGGGACGAGGUGUGUGCCACGCGCGGUCCGUCCUUCGGUGCUCUUCCUCGUGGCCCUGUGCAGAUGCGUCACCGCUGGAUCCGCCGUGAGCGCGCGGAGCGAGGCGGCGCGUGAAGCGCAUCUGGGUACGGAAACGCGUGCACACACUCCCGCCGACGCUGACAGCGCCUACAUGUCCUCCGCUGUGACUCGGCCAGGAGAGCGGACUUUGCUUUCUGUAGCUACCAACAGCACCUUGCCGUACAGCUACGAACCGAACUCCUCCGACAGUUACGCUCGGGAAGGCGCCGUGGAUGGAGUCCUACGGGAUGGGAACACUUCUGCCAGCCUCGGCCCAUCAGCUGCUGCGACAGACUCCCGACACGUCGCUACCCAGGAUGCUCGGAGUGGCCGUUUCGAGACCGACUCCCACAAUGCCACUGUCCAGGUCGCCGUCACCGACAGCGCCCUGGAUACCUACGAAACUGGCCGCAGUGGCUCCAUUCGCAGCACGCCGCUCGACGGCGGUAAUGGGACAUCUGUGUCCUCCUCCACCUCUUUGCUUUCCGAGUCGGGAAGGGAGAUCACGCCGGCUCCUAUGGGUCCGCCGCGCGCCACCGAUGACACCGAGGGCGUUCGGCUCCCCACGGAAAGUUCAGGAAAGCACGGCUGGACAGCAGCCUCCCCCGUGUUCAGGGAAGUCACUGCAGCUGUUAACACGUCCGAUGUAGAGGUGUGGUCCAGCCAGCAGUCCGUUACCUCAGCAGUGAAGCAACCGCCGAACUCCCCAGGGCUCCGGUCCACUGUGCCCACCGCCACGAUGCAAGACACCCAGUUCACGAGCAAGGUCACGGUGCCGUCUCCAGCAUCAACAGCUGUUCACGCCCCUUCCACAGCAGCACCCCAGACCCAGCUUACCCCCUCGACUGCGCCACAGGACCACGGGAUGACCACAGGACUCCAGUCGACAACCAGGGCAUCUCAGAAGAUGGUCCCUUCCAGGACCGGGCAGACAGACGGAGGUGGCGUCACCGCGUCCGAGGUGCAAACGAGCAGCGCCGCGCUAGGGAGCACGGCCCGGCCCCCUCGCCUCACAGCUAUGCCCUUCGCCAGCACAAGCCCUGUGAGGACAACCGUGGCGGACGCCGCGGGGAACACCGCCACCAGACGCGAUCGGGUUCAAACGGCCAUUGCGCAGACGCCCAUCACAUCCGCAGCAGAGCCUGAGAAUGCAUGCAACCCGCUCACGUGCGCAAACGGAGGGACGUGUGUAAAUGGUGGUGACGGAAGACGGAGAUGCGUAUGCCUCCCUUUGUGGACCGGUCACGACUGUACUGUGGAUGUGGAUGAGUGUAUCAGUGCACCUUGUCCAGGAGACUCCAGGUGUGAAAACACACGGGGGUCUUUCACCUGUGAGUGUCCUCUGGGCUACAGUUUAGAGAAUGGCCGCACCUGCACCCAGGUGAAGACAUUUCUGGGUACCUUCAGGGCUUCCGCUGUGGACCUUAACUCCACGCUCUUCGGCAGUGGUGGCCUGCAUGAAGUCCAGAGGGAGGUGCUGCAGCUGGUCAAUGCUUCACUGUCCAACGUGAGGGGUUACAUUAGGUCGACGCUCAGUAAAAGUUUUGGGGACGGAGCGCGCAUCUCCGUUGUGAAUACGUUCUCCAUGGCUGCGGAAGUCACCGGCGAAAAUGUGCUCGAGAGCAUCCAGAUGUUCCUGAACAACUGCAAUCCUCUUGUGAGCCACUGUAGCGGAAUCCUCCGGCACAAGCUCCUCUACAGAGCGGAGAGUCUGUGUGCCACACUGAUGACCCGGUGUGACCGCCAGAGGUCCGAAUGCACCGACACUAACGGCACCAUAUUCUGCCAGUGCCGCUCGGGCUACUUCAAGCUCAGCACUAAUGACCUGUCUUGCAGAGAAUGUGAUGAUGGCUUUAAGCUGGAAAAUGGAACUUGUGUUAAGUGUACCUUUGGUUUUGGGGGAUUCAACUGCGGAAAUUUUUACAAGCUCAUCGCUGUAGUUGUGUCUCCAGCGGGAGGUGCUGUGCUCCUCAUCAUUAUAAUUGCCCUCAUCGUUGUCUGCUGCAGGAAGGGCAAAAAUGACAUCAACAAAAUAAUUUUCAAGAGUGGAGAUUUUCAAAUGUCUCCCUACGUAGAGUAUCCGAAAAGCAACCGCGUGUCCAUAGAAUGGGGGAAGGAGAGCAUCGAGCUGCAGGAGAACGGGAGCACCAAGAACCUCCUGCAGAUGACUGAUAUAUACUACGCGCCCCCCUUGAGAAACCCAGAGAUGGAGCGUCACGCCCUUUACCCGUUCUCGGGACUGCCUGGCUCUCGUCACUCUUGCAUUUACCCGGUACAGUGGAACCCCUCGUUCAUCAGUGAUGACACGCGCAGGAGAGACUACUUCUAACAGCACUGGACGGCGAGCACACAGCACUCAGCACUUGUUGAGAAGGUCUGCCACCCAAGAAGUGAUUUGGGAGACCAAACUUUCAGAAGACGGCCAAAGAAUGUGAACAGCUGAGGACUUCGAAAGCACUUUUGUUCAUGUUAUAUGAAAACAACCAAGGGCUACCUUUCAAAAGUAGGCAUAUUGCUGUUAAUAUUUAAUGAGAUAUUUUUGGGGGCUUCUGAUAUUUUAUGAAGCGACACUUGCUAUGUGGAUAAAUCAAGACAUUCACUGCAGACUUUAAUUACUGUUAGGAAAAGUUCAUAGAAAGCUGACAUGAAAAUCUUGUGCAAUACAUGGUGCAUGCAGUACACCUACCACUUGGUUUGCAUUAUAUAUGUUUCCAGUAGACAAAUUUUAGACAUUUACAGUUGGCCUACAUCUUUUAAAUAUUUAGUGGCCAAAAUACUGAAUUUGUGAGCGUGAAUAUAUCAAGUUAUAGUUUUAUACAGAAAUGAUGUGGGAAAAAUAAAGGGUCAUACCCAUGUCCUAAAUACAGAUGGUCUGCUUAGUUAAUAAAAUUCAUAGUAGUUAUUUUGGUAAAAUAUUCUUCUUCUGCAGCCAUACAGGUAAUGAAAAAUUAGAAAAGUCAAGGUCAAAUGUAAAUCAGAAACAAAAGUUCUAAGCUCAGUGACAUCCUGAUGAAUAUAUUAAUGGCAAACUGACAAAUGUGUUAAUCAUGUGUAGCACUGGUGGGUGUUUAAUGGCACUGUGUUUAAAGACCUCACUUGUCAAUUUAUUUCUCUGUGUUUCAGUAUAUACCUGCAGUGUCAGUUCACACAAACCAAAUCAUCUGUGGCUACUGUCAUUGUAAAAAGAAAUGUUAAUAUUUCAAAUAGUUUUGUAACUAGUACUAUGUCGGAUGACUUUUUACAAUAAUUAUUUUAGUCUUUGUAAUAUGAAUCUUACCUUAAUUCUGGCGUUUUAGUCAGAGAUACGUGCUGUAAGAACAAAAGAGCUAUAGAGCUGUAGAUUA